AUGUUAUGUUCAUGCUCCUAUCAAUUGAAUCUCUGAAAUCUUCUUGAGACUGCUUUUUGACGUCGCACUAUACUCUCGGUGUCGUCAUUACAUUUGGCAGCCUGAAUCUCAGUGAUUGUGUGCAUCUCAUAGCUCCGUCGUUGAUAUUCACUGAGUCUCAUCCAAGAUGGGGAUCCAAGUUACGGAUCUCACUGAGGCCGAUAUUCCAGGGGCGGUAAAAGCAGUACAACAAGCAUUCAGUGGCGACCCUUACAAUGUCUGGGUGUACGAUCAAUCAAAGUUCAACCCGCAACGAAAUUAUGAAUCUCUAGCCCUCCGCAUGAGAUGGGGCAUCCGCAACGGCAUCUUCCACGUCGCAAAGGAGCAAGGUAGCGACGAGGUCCUCGGCGUGGCGAUGUGGCUGCCCCCACAGCCCGCCGACGCGCCGCCGACGUGGAAUGAUUGGUUUGAGGGAUGGCGGCUUUGGUUUGGACAGGUGAGCUAUAACCUGUGGUAUGGACGCGGGGGUUUGAAUGUAAAGCGAUAUUACAUCUGGAAAGAAGCUCAAGCCCAAGCCCAGCGCGAGAUCUGGACUGAUCCAAGGGGCUACUACUUUCUCAACAUCAUGGUAGUUCUACCUUCCGCCCAGGGGAAAGGCGUGGGUGCGAAGAUGAUGAAGGUUAUUACAGACCGGGCUGAUGAGGAGGAUGUCAAGUGUUAUUUGGAGUCGAGUAGGGAUGUGCCGAAUGUGAAGAUAUAUGGGCGAUGGGGGUUCGUGUUCGAGAGGGACAUGAUUUGUGAUGAUGAAGGGGAUGCGAUUCGGUUGUUUACUAUGGUGAGGGAACCUGGGGCUACGGCUGGGGAUGGGAGGGGUGGUGGGUGAGUGAGAGUUGGUAUUUGGUAACAUGUGAUUUCAAUGUGAAUAUGAUCUGGGCAUGAGUUGAACUGGUGAAGAACUGGUAAAGGGUGAGAUUACUGACCAAAACCCCCCUUCUCUUCCGCCGACGCCUGGAGAGAUAGAGAGGGAGGUCUGGCUGCCAAGAAUCGAGUUCCGAUGCUAUCCAAACUUUGAGUCUCAAUGCGAAUUUGCCGUCUUCCCGGAGUGACCCCU